UUCCAGAAUGCCAGCUGCAAUGUCAUUUGUAGUAGCUUGCACUGGAUAUAAUUGUUAAUGGACUGCUGGUCUGACUGAUGUAGACUCCUGGGUUACCAUAGUUGCAGUUUAAAUAAAUAUACAACUCUAACAUGAGGUAGAACUUCAAAGGGUUGUUUUAUAGGAAAAUAAUUUCUACAAAUAUUAAAAGUUAUUUCUGCGCUUCAUUCUGUCAUUUGUCUGUUGGCCAGCUACCUUCUUUAAUAGAAGCAGAACCUUUGCUCUCUCUUACUAGACUCUGCCUGCCGUCAGGAAGCAUUGGAACGUUGUGGCAAGUCUGUAGUAUGGGAGGCCACAAUGUAACUAUACAUUUUCAUAGCUUUUAUUUUUAGCUUUCCAGUGUUCUCAUUCUGGGUGUGGGAAGAAGAGGGCAUUUCCCCGUAGGAGUGCAUUGCAGUUCUUCAAUGGAAAAAGUGUUAAAAACCAGCUGUGGCACUAUGGAAGCAUGGAGACAAUAUAGUCACCUGUUGAGACUCUCAAGGAACUACUGGGCAAAGUGAUGGCAUUGAAGAGCUUGAACCAGCGUUUGAGCAUGGCGGCAGCUGAAUCUGACAAGGACUCUGGAUAUUCAGAUGGAAGUUCAGAGUGCCUGAGUGCUAUGGAGCAGACUGACUCAGAGGACGUGCUGAAUGCGUCGUGUUGGAAUGUAGAGGAUGGGCCUUGGCAACGCCCAAUGGCCGCAGGCAACCCCUUUCCUGCACUUUCUCCUAUGGUUGUAAUGAAAAACGUGUUAGUUAAGCAGGGGAGUUCAUCACAGCUCCAGUCUUGGACUGUGCAGCCAUCCUUUGAAGUGAUUCCAGCUCAGCCACAGCUAGUCUUUCUUCGUCCAUCAAUCCCACCUCCCAUAAACCCUCACCCUGUUGGGAAAAAGAGAAAUGACUCCACUAAUUACCUGCCCAUCCUGAAUUCUUUUCCCAAAAUAGCACCACAGCCCUGCAAGAGAGAUCGCUCCUUUGAUCUAGAAGAAUGUCAGGAAACCAGUUGCCCUAAACGACUCUGCACAGAAACACCCAAGAUGGAGAGUUCUCCCGUAUCAAGGAGCACAGGCAUGCCUACUAGUCCUUUUGCCCACCUACCAGUUAGCUUUAAGACCCCUCAGGAGUCUAACCAGCAGAGUUCUUCAACUCUAAUGACAAGUGGAAAACUGUCAGCUCUUCCUGGUUUUCAUCGUGUUUCUAGUGACACUCAGAAACUGCCGGGUUUGACUCCCCUUUUGCCUUUUGGGACUCUGCAGGCAACAAAGUGCACCUCUCCUGAGAGCGAGAGUGCAGCACAGACUACAAUGCAGUCUGCAGUGUGGAGCCCCCCAUUGAUACCAGAAGAGAUUUGCACUACCCCUGAGCUGCUCUUGCAGCAGCAAAGCAAAUGCAGACGCUUUCAGAACACACUUGUUGUCCUACGCAGGUCAGGAUUGCUGGAGAUCACUUUAAAAACCAAGGAGCUCAUUCAUCAGAACCAGGUGACUCAGGCUGAGCUGGACCGACUGAAGCAUCAAACACAGCUUUUCAUAGAGGCAAUAAAGAACAAUGCUCCACAAUCAUGGGCAGAGCUAGAAGCAUCUCUAACGGGAUCUGAUAAAGCUGAUGGUAACCUUGCAGAUCCCCCUUAUCCCAAUAUAUAGUAGCUAUUGGUCAAGUUAUUUUUGUGCCUCCUGUUUCCUGUCUCAAGCUUUUACUUGAGCAUUUUCUGAGUCCAGGACUUGCAAGGUGACAUGUCUUGAAUGACUUGUCUUCAGAGCCAGCUGUGGGACUGGAACAGCCUGGUGGGGUCUUGACAAAUGGGUGCUUACUACUAUGGUGUGUCCUUGAACUACAUGCUAACUUCAUGUACUUCCUGGGGCUCUAUCAGCUUGGAUGUGCUUUGCUGGCAUGUUCCCAUUCUUUCCGUAAAGACAGUCAUUUACAGUAUUUUGCAAGCAAAUAUCUUCCUGGUCCCCUCUUCAGAUAGUCAGUUCUGAGGAUGGAAAAGCACAACAGGCCCCAGUAUUGGUCCAUUAUCAGUUGCAAUUAGAUGAAAGGCAUUGGGGAGAGGAGAGGAAACUUAGGCUGGGGGGGUGAUAUUUUUAGGCUGUUGCUGUCCUUUGUUAUAGCAGAGUCUUGUUUUGGGGGGUUUAUUGCAUUUGAAUGAGCAUUCUGUAUUCAUUGCAAUCUUUGGUCAGUGUCAUGAGUGUCUUAGGACCCAAGGGAAAUGAUGUGUUUUGAUGAGUAUACUUUUGAUUCUGGUCUGUACAAUUUGAAUGAGUGAAAGUCACAAGGCUUGCACUGGAAGUGUUUGUUUUGUUCCAAAUCCAUGUUUAUUAAUGGCUCACAAGUGUACAAGGAAAGUGGUUUGGAUUUUCUCAGUGGCUAACAGAUUAAACAUUGUUAUUAAAGACUGCAGUAACUUCUUUUUAGAAUAGCACAAGGAAGAUAUUCACCGGGAUUAAUUCAGCAAGACUAGUUGCAUAUUAUUUGAUAUGUGUAUCCUUAGUUUACAAGCAUAAACUGUUCCUUUUUUUUUUUCUUUCCUGUGAAAUCAGAUAACUAACUAUUAAAAAAAAAAAGAGUUGAAAGGAAAAGGAGCAUAAAUGGCCUGUGAUGAAACAAGUCCUUCUCCCAUCCCCUUUCUUUCUCUUUUUUUUGUUUAGAGAAAUUAGAUGAAUGUACUGGGGGAUGGGGAUGUCAGGUUGGCUAAUCUCCAAAAAAAAUUUUAUCUACCUUGAAUUUGAACAUAAAAAAACCUCAGCAAUCCCAAACCAAGAACAAAAUCCCAAAACAUUUUUUCUUCUGAGUAGGUUUGUAUCAUUCCUAGCCUGCUUGCCUUGAGAUACAGCUAACGCUACUGUCUGCAUAAGGUAUUAGGCCUGGCUAGUAGAGAUCCACAGUAGUCAUGUUACCGAAGUUGUUCUACAGACAUUUAUUUUCAGUUUAUCUAGGCACUUAACUAUGUCACUCCCUCCAGUCUGAAGGGCUUUUUUCAGAGGCAGUCUGUGUAAAGAACUAAGAAUGACUUUGUCUAAGAGCAUUAAGGACUCUGGAUUGUUUAUGGUGUGUUCCUUUCUGUGUGACAACAUUUUCAAAAAGUCAUGGUGACUCGGUGACCGGGUAUUUUGAUGCUUUGAUCACUCCUGUUAUCUCUUUCAGGUUCUUAAAAAUAAA